CCGUACCCGACAACCGUCUUUUAUUGUUUUGCGCCGUUGUUUGACGGCGCUGACAGCGCUUGUUUUUAUCUUCUCACUGUUUUCGCCUAAUGAUAAUUGUCCCAUUGCUCAACCGUUAGUCAGUGUGUCUAGUUCUAAUUUACUGUCGACUCGUGCGUUACCUCACACUAUUAACAUCAACGUAGCGCCAUGUGCUUAAUUUACAAACGAAAUUACUCAAGAAUCGAGGAUUCUUUGACACGGAUACUUGGGAGAAUGGUCUUGUCGUUUGCGGAUGACCGGAGAGAAUCACACUCCACUACUAGCAUCUUUGUAGCUAUGCGUUUUUAAUCUCUUACAACCUUUUUAUAUUUAUUUGUAGUUAUAAUUUUAUUAUUCGAUGCGCUGAGUAUGGCCAAAAGAAGGGCCGAAACGUCCGCGAGUUAGAUAUUCUAUUGUAAUCUUUUUAUAAUAAAUUUAUAAUUUAUAACGCCCUUAAUACCGCGCUUGGCUCUUUUUGCCAUUUUUGACAUUCUUGAUUUUAUUCAUUAAGAGCCUUAUUUUUAUAUUUUGUUGAAAUAUAUUAUAUAAUUUUAUGUAAGAUUAUGACAAUCCUUCACAUAUUUUCUUAUGCGUUUACAUAAUCAAUAUUAAAUGACAGUUGCAUUUGGCAUUCCUAACAAAUAUAAGCAUGAUAUUCAAUACUAUCUCCCAUUAAUAUUUAAAGUUUUUAAUUCGCUUAAACUCGUUUAAACUAAGCUAAAAAAAUAUUGACAGAAUUUCUCACACGCUAUUCCUAUGAAGUUACUUAAUACUUAAUACUUAAUAAUAAGUUACUAUGAACUUAGCUUAAACUUGAUUUUGCUGGACAGAAGUGACAGGGUAAUAUGUUAUUCGAUUGAUAUUGAUAUCGAAAGUAUGAUCGAUGAUACACACAAAUGUAUUUGUCGUCGCGUCAUGAGCCUAAAUCAUCUUGAAAUUUUGUUCUCGGAGAUCGAUAAAAAUGAUUCACUUUUCAGCGCAAUAACUUUCUCUUUCGACGAUUGUCACAACGAUAAUAUCUAACGUAUUCAAGAAAUACCGUAAAUAUAUACAUCUAAAAUAAAGACAAAUAUAUUCGCAACAACUCAUCAAAACACUAACCUAGCUUAUAUUUAUCAUGAAUUAUUGAUAAAUCGAUAGCAAUGUUUGCAUACAGGAUAAAAUCAUAUAAACCUGGUAGUCAACAAUCGAUCGCAAAAUUAAGCGCUUUCUCGAUUAUAUUUCCGAUUAUUUCAUAUUUCACAUUAAAUUAAUUCCGACGACACAUAUUAAGCAACUCGCGAACAAAUCGAAAUAUAAGUUCUCGCGAUUAGCGAUAUCGAUCGGAGCACGUUGUCAUGUGCCCGGCGACAAUCAUCAUUGACGAUUAUCAUCUCGUUAUAGUAACCAAGGACACAACUCUCACAAAGCAUACGCUUAGUUAAAGUAGAGCCGACGCGACAAAUGCCGACAUACGAAAUUCAAAAGAGUGUCAAGCUUGCACUGAGCAUCAAUUACUAUGGCAAACAUACCACUUGAAAUCAGUGAGCAACAUAGAGAUCACGCGUAUGUAUGUGAUCAUCAUCUAAUAGCCAUUGGCACACAUAAUUACGAUCAAAUGAUAAAUCAUUUGAGACCGAUGGAUCAUUCCUCGCGGAGCUCGUUGUGUGUCAUUUCCACUUACGCUCGAAUUAAUUGAUAUUAGCUAUUAGUUUUAGCGUAGCUUCUUAGGGACCAUAUAUAUAUAUAUAUUCGUCGAUUUGUUCGCAAAGCGUAGUGUUCGAUCGCGACGUAAUGAUACUGAUGAUGAUAAUAAUUAAAAUUGUUCGGUUACUUUAAAAUACAAAGAAAUAAAUGCAAAAAUAUACGUCAUGUGUCUGAAAGUGUGGAAGAAAUACUAUGUGUCAAGGUGAUCUGUUAUUAAAAUCAGUGUUUAAACAUCUUUCCAAAAAUUAUCUUAUUGAAGUAAAACAAUGAGAAGACGUAUAUUCGGUUACGUAAAUGAGAUGUUUUUUCAAGAUGCGUUAUCGCGCAAAUAUAGUGUGUGAUUACAACAACUACCACUCUCAUGGUCGUGAUAACUGAUAACGCGCAAUCUUCUUGCGCGGAAUUUCUUUGCCCUCGUAGAGUGGAACUUACCGAUCCAAGCAACCAACGCGAAAGAACCACUCGCUUGCGAAUAACGACGCGAGUGACAGUAUCGCGCGUAAGGGUGGCCGCAAAUUUCGUUAAGUACUACACACACUCCGUCGUCUAUGAGAAAUUGUCCAAUCUCUUAGCAUCACAUUGCCGAGAGAGAUUGUGGCAGUCGUUCUCCAGUUCAAUAGUGGCAUUAGCGGUGUUCGUGCAUCCGCUCUCUUACGUUCGCGAUCAAGACCAAUACAUUGGUGGAUUCAUCAUCAAGCCAUCCCCUUGUUAUUUGUUGUAAUAUCCCAUUGUGAUCAAGUGCAUGUUACUCAGUGUACACUGCACAAUUACACCCAAAAUCGAGCGUGAACGCGCGUAUGUGAUACGUAACUCAAGGGCAAUCAGUGAUUUAAACGCGUUGUGAUACAACAAGAUACCCGGAUAAAUUUUCCGAUUCUAGCAAACAGCCGAGAUGGCGAGCGUAGACAGAGAUCUCGAGGAACUCAUGUCCCACCUUGGUGAAUUCGGCAAAUACCAAUUGCAACAGUACUCUCUUCACAUGCUUGCCGCGUUUACGGCCGGCCUGCACAUGCUGAGCCUACUGAUGGUCGCGGCGGUGCCGCCGUAUCAUUGCAAUAUCCCAGAAGUGAACUUGUCAUCUUCCAUAACCGAGACAUAUAACUUGACCUUUCCCGACUGGAAUACCUCGGUCGUUUCGGAACAUCUUCCGCGUCCCCUCGACAGCUGUCACUAUCUGGAUCGCGACAAUGUCACCCGAGAAUGUGACUCAUGGACCUAUGACACGACGUACAUCCAGUCAUCGCGUGCCAUAGAAUGGAACUUUGUGUGCUCGCGACGUUGGAUGGGCGCCAUGGCGCAAUCCUCCUACAUGUUUGGCGUGUUUAUUGGCGCGGCCACUUUGGGUACCAUGGCAGAUAAAUACGGCAGGAAAAUUAUAUUUUACAUAUCCACAAUGUUGCAGCUGGUGUUUGGGGUGUCGGUGGCUCUUGUGAAUAAUUACUAUAUCUUCCUGGUGAUUCGCUUUUUGUAUGGCAUCUUCGGCUCCGCCGGCGCUUACAUCACCGCGUUUGUAUUGACAAUGGAAUUGGUAGGUCCGUCCAAGAGAACGGUGUGCGGUGUGUUGAUGCAAUUGACUUUCGCUAUAGGCUUUAUGGUAGUAGCCAUGUGGGGCGUUAUAAUCCACGAUCGUAUGUGGUUGCAGAUCAUAUUCGGCAUGCACAGCGUGCUUUUGCUCGGCCACUGGUGGUUGAUGGACGAGUCACCCAGAUGGUUGUGGGCGCAAGGUCGCGUCGCCGAAGCGAUCAUCAUUGUGCAGAGGGGUUUGAAAAUAAACGGCAGCAACGUACAAGUGGACGCGGCUAAGCUUAUUAGCAAAGCAAAGACGCAACACGAGAACAAGGAGGAAAGAUCGUAUGGUGCAUUGGAUCUUUUCAAGACACCGAAUCUCCGUAAAAAGACUCUCAAUAUAUGUUUUAAUUGGUUCGCCAACUCGAUCGCCUAUUAUGGAUUGACCCUUAACACAGGCAAUCUAGUCACCAAUCCAUUCCUCACGCUGUUCCUCAACGCUGUGAUGGAGGCACCAGCGUCAAUCUUUAUAAUAUUUACCCUGGACCGCACCGGCAGGAGAUGUCUGGUCAGCGCAUUCAUGAUGAUCGGCGGCGUAUGCUGCAUCUUCGCCGCCGGUAUUACUGGCGUGACCGGUGAUUUGGCGAAUAUCAUCAGAAUUACGAUAGUGUUGGUGGGCAAGUCUUGCGUAGCCGGCUCGUUUGCCGUCGUGUAUAAUUACACGGCCGAACUAUUUCCCACGGUGGUAAGAAACACCGCGGUCGGUAUCGGCUCCAUGUGCGCGCGUCUCAGCAGCACACUCACGCCGAUGAUCUUUUUGCUGGAUUCGCUAGACCCGCGGAUGCCAACCGCGCUCUUCGGAUUGGUCGUUUUAACUGCAGGUUACCUGGCGCUCUACCUGCCGGAAACGCUGAAUCAGCCGAUGCCGGAGACCAUGGAGGACGGCGAGAACUUCGGCAAGGGCGAUACCUGCUUCACUACCUGCAUGGGCGGUGGAGCGAAAGCCACCUCGAACGACCAUGACAUCGUGAUGGAGGAGACACACGAGAGAGAUGAGAAGGAAAGGUUGAAAAAUAUAUAAAGCGUAUUGCCGUAUAAAAAAUUCACAAAGUACCUUUGACCAGUACUUAUGACUAUAUCGCGGAGAAAAGGGACGUACAUUAUCCUGCCCAUGUCCGCAACAUGAAGUUACUAAGCUGAUAUUAGAGAUACUUAUUCUUGAAUUUAAUCCAGCUCUAAUACGCACAACUCAUCAAUAGAAAGGAAUUAUUUUGAAAUAAUUUAUAUACAUUAGAUAUAAAAAUGUUUUAGAAUUGCAUAUGUGACAUUAUAUUGACAUAAUAUUGAUAAUAUUUUAUGCUCUAUUUUUACAAAAAUUGUCAAAAUAUUUAAAGAUUUUAUAAUAACAAUAAUAAUACAAAUUUUACAUCAGAAAAAGACAAUAUUUUUAUAGAUAAAGAAUACGCAUGACAGUAAUUUCGAUUUUGUAAAGUCAUGUAUUUUGUUGAUUGGAUAUAAUAGCACUAUAUAUCAUAUAUUUUUAUACACAUGAGCGUUUAAUAAUCAUUAACUACAAAAAUUUCAUGGAUGAGAAAUAUCUGAAGAGAAGUGAUUAAAAGUUUAAGCGGCACUGUUUUCCCGCUAGCGUAAAAUCCAUCGCCAUAAAAUCCUUAUGAAUAAUCCGACAGAAUCAACGAGGAAAUAAAUUCGUUUACAUCUGACUUAUCUCGUUACUUUCAGCGAGAUAAACUGACCGACAAAAGUUUAAGGGUUCUACGAGAUAAAGUGAAAAAUGUGUGGGACACUUUAAAGCGCACAUAUGAUCUUAAUGGCGAGGAUGGCAAUUUCGAAAAGAUGUUCCGAAAAGAUGUGAGAGAUUCUCUGGCGGUAAAACCGCCAAUUCGCUCCUCUCCCUAGCUAAUGGAAAAACUUUGUCGCCUAGUUCAACGCUUUUCCAAUCAUAAAGUUUGAAAAAUGGUCGCGUCGGUUAUCUGUGGAUUUUUUUAUCGUUAAAUUAACGAUGGCAGAGAAAGAUCUUAUCUCUGGUAAAAUUUGUUAAAUUUUGUCAAACAAUUUAAAUUGUUAUGAAAAAGUUGCGAAAGACUUAUAAUUCUCAAUUAUAUUUUAUAAUUAAUAUUACCGUAAUAUAUAUAUUUCGUAGAAAAUAUUUAUUACAAUUACAGAACACACUUAUUCGUUAUCUAAUACACGAUAUCCCCUUUAAAAUAGUCCCUUCCUAAAGCAAUGCACUUGAUCCAAUGUUUUUUCUAUUGCAGAAAGCAGUCUUCAAAAUCAUUCUCCGUGAGGCUGUUUAGAACACGCGUCAACUAUUCCACCUCCGCUUGUGACCCCCAAUGACGGUCCUUCAUAUCUUUCUUGAUCUUGGGGAAUAGAAAAAAAUCGGAGGAGGUCAGAUCGGACCCCCCUGACUUUUUUCUAUUUCCCAAAAUCAAGAGGGACAUGAAGGAUCGUCAUGGGGUCAUUGGGGGUCACGAGCGGAAGUGGAAUGGAUGACGCGUGCUCUAAACAGCCUCACGGAGAAUGAUUUUGAAGACUGCUUCCUGCAAUGGAAAAAACAUUGGAUCAAGUGCAUUGCUUUAGGAAGGGACUAUUUUAAAGGGGAUAUCGUGUAUUAGAUAACGAAUAAGUGUGUUCUGUAAUUGUAAUAAAUAUUUUCUACGAAAUAUAUAUAUAAUGCGCUACAUGCGGUUGAACGCUAAGUACUAAAGUAGCAAUGUGUGCUUACUGUAGAAUGCUUACUCUCAAUGUCAUUCGAGUUAUCGCGCUUCAUAAAAUCUAAUAUUAAAAAAACAUAAAAUGUACAUACACAUUUUGCAGAUACAUUUGUUAUUCGGAAGAAUAUUCUUCGGCGUUAUAUAAUUUAUGCGCAGAUUUUACAUAUGAAGCGGCUGAUAACAGGAAAUUUUUCCGCACGUACUUUCCCAUUAUCUGAUGGUAUUCAUAUAAUAACCGUCGAGCACAACGGCGCAAUGCUGGUUGCAUCUCUCUUUUGAUUAGAACGUUUAACAUGAGAUCGAUAUACGCGUCGUCGAUGACUUUUGUGGGAUUCGCAAAAUGCUGUGAGAUCAGCUGUGCGAGUUGUAACGCAUUCGCGCUCGAAUUUCAUGCCCGAAAUUCCAUAUGUGCGUAAAAUCAUCAUCGUGGCGAAAUUAAAUAUACUUUGGCUCUAAAUCAUGAUACUAAACUCUAAUGAUUAAAUGUGAAAAUAUUAAGUCGCAGAUGAAUAAUUUAUAAAUAUAAUCUUUAGAAAAAUUUCAUUAUCAAGUAUUUGUUGAGCAGAGUGUACGCAUCAAGUUUUGCUUUUCUUGGAUAUAGAAGUUAUUAAUUAUUCCAUGAGAGAUGAAGGAGCAAUGCAGAUAUAAUUAACACCGCUUGGAAUUUUUCUAAAGUUUCAACAAGACAAUAGUAAUUAUAUAAUGAAACGAAAUAUUCAACUUUAGUCAUCUAUUAAAUAAUAUCUAGGAUACCUAGAUAAUAAAUAUCUAAUGUAAAUAUAUCUAGAGAAAGAAUCGGAAUAAAAUUCAGACAAAAUUCUCGAAAAUAUCAUAAAAAUGAGAACACGCCCUCGAAAAGCGGAGCAACUUCUUGUAAUUGCCGUAGCUCGUACAGCUUAUAUAAAUGUAAAUCCGACCCUGAUGAAUCGUACACUCACCUGCGUUAUCGAACGCGUACAAGUCCAUGCGCGAGGGAUGCUGGAGCGGGAGAUACGAGAGCACACAGUAGCAAGGAGCGCGCGUCGCCAACUGAACUCCCGCUCUGUGCUCGCCCAUUAAAUCGCGGAAAACGUUGCACCAGCGCGCGCAACUCUGUCAAACAUGGUACAACAAAUUUGAUCUCCCGUAGAAUUGGAUCGCGAAAGUAUCGUCGUACUCCAAGAUUCGUCGCAUCCGAUUUUUAGAUGAAAGGCAACGAAAUACGAGAAGACGAGAGAGCUUUGACGAGAGAGAGCUUCGCACGAUCAAUAAAGAUCGAGUAACUUUGUAACUAAUGGUUCAAGUUAAUUAAAGUUUAAUUCUCU